UGUUAUACGGCCUUACCAACCGUACUAUUUACUAAUUACGAUUUCUAACCAUAAACAAACGCCAUUUUGGGAUUUAGCAUUAUAGUACGCCGACUUUUAUCGUGUGCUCGGCGUCACUUUAAAACACUCCGCUUGAACGUUAAUUGUUUUUCGUGUUGAUUUGCAUUAAAUAUUUAAAUAAUCUCUUUUUCUUUUUAAAAUAAAUCAUAUUAGUUAAUUACUACAAGAUUAUGGCAAAUCCACAAUAUUCUACAGGUCAAUAUGGUGGCGGAGGAGCUGGUGGUGGUGUAGCAGGAGGAUAUGGUGGUUAUCCAGCCUAUGGUGCUCCUCCACCAGGUCCACCUAGCUAUCAGCAAGCUGGUGCGCCGCAACCCCCACAAACACAACAACCACAAGGAUAUCCUGGAGGAGGUGCUGGAUGGUCUCAACCUCCUCCUCCACCCUCUGGUGUAGUGCAAGGGGCAGGUGGGUAUGCUGGUUAUGAACAACCACCUCCUAGUUUUAGGCAGUCUGGAGGACAACAAGGAUCAUUCAAUGGCUCUGGUGGAGGAAAUGGUUAUGGUGGUCCACCAUCUGGUGGUUUUGGUGGUCCUGGUGGCUUUGGUGGUAGCAGGCAAGAUCGAGGCAGUGGAUAUGACUCUGGCGGCAGGGGUGGUUUUAACAAAGGAGGAGCACCACCUAAUGAUAGAAGUGGAGAUUUCAUUGUCCAAGAAGAUACUAUAUUUGUGUCUGGUAUGUCUUCAAAUACAUCUGAAGCUGAAAUUGAACAACAUUUCGGUUCUAUUGGGAUAAUUAAAACGGAUAAAAAAACUGGAAAACCCAAAAUUUGGAUGUACAAUGAUAAAGCAACUGGACGACCUAAGGGAGAAGCUACUGUAACAUAUGAUGAUGCUCAUUCAGCCAACAGUGCUAUCUCAUGGUUUAAUGGAAAAUCUUUCAAUGGAUCUACUAUAAGUGUUCAAUUAGCAACAAAAAGAGAUAACUGGCAAGGUGGCCGUGGAGGUGGAGGUGGAGGUGGAGGAGGUGGUCGUGGAGGCAGCAGAGGUGGAGGUCGCGGAGGAUAUGGUGGUGGUUUUCACAAUGUAGAUGACUCGUUAGGAGAUGAUGGUGGUGAUGGCGGAUACUAUGGUGGGCAACGUGGUGGUAGAGGAGGAGGUGGAAGAGGCCGAGGUGGAGGCAGAGAUGAUCGAGGGCCUCCUCCAGAUCGCAGAAGAGAUGACCGCAUGGGUGGUGGCGGUCGUGGUGGCCGAGGUGGUGGAAAUGAUUCAGGUGGACGAGAUGGAGAUUGGAAAUGUACUAAUCCAUCCUGUGCCAAUACUAACUUCUCAUGGAGACAAAACUGUAACAGAUGCAAUGAACCAAAACCAGAAGGUUAUGGUGAUGGUGGUGGCAGACGAGGUGGUAUGGGAGGUGGUCGUGGUGGACCUCCAAUGCGUGGUGGACGUGGAGGUGGUAUGGGUGGAGGCCGCGGUGGACCAGGAAUGGGAGGUCGAGGGGGACCCGGUGGUGGCAGAGGUUUUGGAGGAAGAGGAGGGCCUGGUGGCCGAGGUGGUGGUGGACGCGGAGGCGGACCAAUGCGAGAUGACAGAAGAGGAGACCGAAAUCGUCCAUAUUAAUGAAGAAUUAAAUUUUAGAUAUCCAUUUUUUUUAUUUUAUACCUUCCUUAUUGACAAUAUUAAGCUUUGUGUAUGUGUAGUUCUAGGUUAAACUAGAAAAAUUAGUAUGUAAUAAAAAUUAAGAUCAUCAACACUUACAUUAAUUAUUAUUAGAGUUUUUCAUAUUUGUAAAUAAAUGAUAAGAUAUUCAUAAAAACUUAUGAACAAUAUUUCUGUGACUAUGUAAUUUGUUUUCUACAGUUUUAACAUGUUGCAUUAUUUCUUUGUCUGAAGUGUCCUAAUUCUCAAUGUUCCACAAUAAAAAAUUGUAUUAAUAUCAAAUUAGUUAUCUAAAUAAAUUAGCGUCAAAAUGCGUUUUUUUUAUAAAA